AUGGCCUUCCGAUUCCACCAGUACAACAAGGGCGGCUCGAUUUUGCUGAACGCUGAGCUUGUAUCAAAUUCGUACCAACCCAAGCUGGGUAGGAGGAGGACCGCAGAUGCUGGUCCAACAAUUGUCGAAAGUAUGGUUGCGAAGACAAGGAACCCGGGUAGUAGCAUUUCCCAGGGCUUGGACCUGUUGAGACCUUGGUGA